CUGCUGGCCUUAUCCAUCAUCACUACCACUUGCCUUUUCUCCCUCCCUCCCAACAUUCUUUCCCCCAAAGUUCAAACUCUGAGCUCCCCAUCAAUGGCGUCUCACCUCCCACAGCUGCUUGCCCUGUUAGCCAUCAGUAUCACCAUCUUUAGUGCUGCUGUUGAUGCUACUUUCAUGCAAAACGUUGAUAUCACAGGAGGCAAACCGGUCAUACGCAACGGUGGAAAUGUGGUCGAUCUUAAGCUGGACCAAUUCUCAGCUUCUGGUUUCCAAUCGAAACAAGAGUUCCUGUUCUCUCGGAUCGAUAUGCAGAUCAAGUUGCCUGCUGGUAAUUCUGCAGGAACAGUUACAACCUUUUAUAUGUCAUCACAAGGCAACACGCACGAUGAGAUAGACUUGGAAUUUCUGGGUAACGAGACAGGCCAACCUUACGUUCUGCACACCAACAUCUACGCACAGGGGAAAGGAAACAAAGAAAUGCAGUUCUACCUCUGGUUCGACCCUACUGCUUCUUAUCACACAUAUUCCAUCCUUUGGAACCCACGCCACAUCAUAUUCUACGUGGACAGGAGGCCCAUCAGAGUGUUCCCCAACCAGCAGGCCGUUGGCAUCCCGUUCCCCUCAAGGCAGCCGAUGAGGGUAUACGCCAGCAUAUGGAAUGCCGAUGACUGGGCAACGCAAGGGGGACGGGUGAAGACCAACUGGGCCAACGCCCCCUUCACUGCCUCUUACACCAACUUCAGGGUCACUCCUUGCCCUUCUUCCGCUAAGUCUCCCCUCUGUGGGCCGCAGCCGCCGGCGCCCGUCUCGACCUCCGCUUCCGGCAGGCAAUCGGCUCCUCUAGUGGACCCCUGGACCAGGAGGAUGAUGAGGCUGCUGCAGCAGAAGUUCAUGAUCUACAACUACUGCGCCGAUGCCAAGCGAUUCCCUCAGGGCCUUCCUCUCGAGUGCUUUACCAGGAUCUAAAACGCCUCAACUUGUUCCUCUUCCUACUUCAUGCUCUUCUGUGAAUCACCUGUCCAUACUCGUGGGUCGUCUUCUCAUUCCAUUCAUUCUUUUUGCCCCUUUUCUUGUUCCUUCUGCCUUUGUGUUUAAAGAGCUUUCUUCUUACUUAUGUUACGUCUGUAUAAAUAUCGAAGUUUUGUCCAUGAUCACUCUCGGUUUCUGCAUGUUGAACUGGAAAAUAAAUAAAAGGGAAGGGAACAGUGUGUUUUUGCUGUCA